AUGCCGACCCAAGAAGAGAAGAUAUUCGCCAAGAAUUUCGACAUUAACAAGCUCCCCGACGUCCCUCCCGGACUUACUCCGCCUCCGAAACUCCGGCGAACUCGUGCCGUCUCAAAAAAUGAUGCUCCUGAUCAUACUCAGGGUAACAUUUACUCGGGUGCCUAUGUUGCGGGAGUAGACGACAGUACUGUGAAACUAGAAAACUUCUAUGAGAGUUUCAAAGUUAAUGUGAUUAGUUGCACAGAGACAGAUAUGGAGUUUGAUAUGAUAGGUAUCGAUGCAUCAUUGGCCAAUGCAUUCCGAAGGAUCCUUAUAGCUGAGCUUCCUUCAAUGGCUAUUGAAAAAGUACUUAUAGCAAACAACACAUCGGUUAUUAUAGACGAAGUUCUUGCUCACAGAAUGGGUCUUAUUCCAAUUGCCGUUGAUCCAAGGCUCUUUGAAUAUUUAUCCGAAAAUAAUCAGCCAAAUGAAAAGAACACCAUUGUUUUCAAGCUUCAUGUGAAAUGUCCAAAAGGUGUAUCACGUCUUAAUGUUUUAACAAACGAACUGAAAUGGUUACCACAUGGAAGUGAGUUUCUCAAAGAAUCAGGAGGUUCAACCUCAAAGCCAAAAACCUACACUUCAUUCAAUCAGAGCCAAGAUUCCUUCCCGGAAUUUGCUGAUAAUCCUAUCACUCCGACCCAUCCUGAUAUCUUGAUAGCAAAACUCAGCCCUGGUCAGGAAAUUGAGCUUGAAGCUCACGCAGUUAAGGGCAUUGGUAAAACGCAUGCAAAGUGGUCUCCAGUAGGGACGGCGUGGUACCGAAUGCUUCCUGAGGUGGUUCUACUAGAGGAAGUUGAGGAUGAGCUUGCUGAACGACUUGUAAAUGUCUGUCCACAGAAUGUUUUUGACAUCGAAGACAUGGGAAAAGGUAGGAAGAGAGCAACCGUAGCACAGCCGCGUAAAUGCACCCUGUGUAGGGAAUGCGAAAGAGAUGAUGAUUUGGCACACCGGGUGGAUCUUCGCAGUGUCAAGGACCAUUUUAUAUUUAAAAUUGAGUCCACUGGAUCACUGCCUCCGGACGUUCUCUUCACUGAAGCUGUGAAGAUUUUGGAAGCUAAAUGUGAAACUGUACUCGCUGAAUUCUCCUGA